AUGCUAUGUCUGGACUAUUUUGUCAGCGUCAUCGCCUUUUCGUGGGCAACAACUUCGAAUGAGGAAGCACAAGCUAUCGUGGUAACUUCGAUGCGAACAUGA